CUAAGAAGUCUCCUCGGUCAGUUUCAGCCGCCAAACCAGUUUCAGAAGAACAGAAGGCUGUUAAACCUGCUGCAAAAGUUUCUGUUACAGCCGUACAAAAGAAGGCUCAGGCUGGUUCGGUUAAGGGUUCAAGCCUGGGCAUUGAUAAUGUGGGAAGCCAAAGACAUAAGACAACUUCAGGGGAAAGGCCAAAAAGCACGCCAAAAGCAGCAUCGCGAAUUAAUGAUAGUGGUGUCUUUGCAGAAACUUCUGCAGAGCUGUCUGCUGAAAUGGAGGUUGGUAGAGAUGAUAGAAGUAGUUUUGUUUGGGUUGAUUCCAGAAACCCCUGAUUCUGUUAUGUCUAUGAAGCAUCUUAUUGCAGCUGCUCAGGCAAAAAGGAGACAGGCUCACUCUCAACAUUCUUCUCUUGGGUUUUUGAACUCCAGUUAUUCGAACAUGACUGAAGUCCAUGGAGGGAGUCCCAGCCCCUCUACUUUUCAGCCUUUCUUGUCUGCAAGCAGCAAUUUGAUACAGGCUGAUGCCCAAGGAUUUCAGUAUCGCACAAGUUUAACGUCUCCAUUCAAAUUAUGGUCAUCAAUCAGCACAGGAAAUCAAGCAGAUGCUGAAGAGAUUGAGGAGAGAAGAGUUAGUUCGGGACACAGAACUCUUGGAGGUUCCCUCAGUGGUGGUACUGAGGCAGCAGUUGCUAGGGAUGCUUUUGAAGGAAUGAUAGAGACUUUGUCAAGGACUAAAGAGAGUAUUGGACGUGCAACUCGUCUUGCCAUUGACUGUGCCAAGUAUGGCAUUGCCAAUGAGGUUGUGGAACUUCUUAUCCGAAAGCUGGAAACUGAACCUAGCUUUCAUCGUAAAGUGGACUUAUUUUUUCUCGUGGAUUCAAUCACCCAAUGUUCACAUAAUCAAAAAGGUAUUGCUGGUGCUUCAUACAUCCCCACAGUGCAAGCAGCACUGCCACGUCUUCUAGGUGCUGCUGCUCCUCCUGGAGCUGGGGCACGAGAAAAUCGUCGUCAAUGUCUCAAAGUCUUACGAUUGUGGCUUGAGCGGAAAAUCUUACCUGACUCUCUUUUGCGGCGCUAUAUGGAUGAGAUUGGAGUUUCAAAUGAUGAUACCACCAUUAGCUUAUCCAUUAGACGUCCAUCUCGUUCUGAGCGUGCUGUAGAUGAUCCUAUCAGGGAAAUGGAAGGCAUGCUUGUAGAUGAGUAUGGAAGUACUUAG